UUUUAGGUGUACCCAUAUUAUUUUACAAUUCAAAACUUCCGGUCAAUGUUACGGGAUUCCCAAAAAUGCAUUUUCAAACUUACAUGACUUAUUAUGGACAGUUCUGAUCUCCAUGCGGUUCCUGAGGUUAAAGAUAAUGUUUUUGUAGAGACAACAUUUGGUGCUAAUAAACCUGUGACAACAGUUAAAGUUGUAGAGUCAGGAACUAGGGAAGUACAGAUACCAUCCCAGGUUAACAGUUUAACUCUUACUUCCUUAAAUUCAUUAGAUAUAAAGGCACCCAGUACAUCUACUACUAGUUCUUUAUCAGUACCACCUAACAGUGUAUCUCACCCAUCACAUACAAGGUCCUUAUCAAAUGAUUCAAGUGAAUUCACAGCCUGGAAAUUCAUGUCUGCUGAAGAUAAAGAGGAUAUCUGUGUUUUUGUUGAUGAACCUAACAAGAAGUUAUUUUGUAAACUAUGUAAUCAAGUAUUCAGAGAUCCAGUGAUAGUAUCAUGUGGGCACACUUACUGCAGGCAGUGUGUGGCAUCACAUGAUGAUGGUGUUUGUCCUGUUGAUAAUGCUAAUAUGCAGGUAGUUGUGGCCAACAUAGCUGUAUCUGAACAGAUUGGGGAGAUGUUUAUACACUGUAAAUAUGGUUGCCAACUAGCAGACGACGGACAAACUUAUGUUGUUGAUACAGCCACCUGUCCUGUUACGCUCAAAAUAAGUCAUAGAAAAGAACAUGAAGACAUGUGUGAUUUCAUGAAAAUAAAAUGUCCCAAUGGUGCUGGGUGUGCCCCUGUUUUAAGGAAGGAUAUAGAGGAUCAUCUUAGAAGUUGUAACAAUGUCAGAUGUCCUCAUCAUAAACACAGUUGUGAGUUUGUUGGUACAUCAGAUGAGUUAGAAGACCACCUCAGAUCAUGUAGAUUUGAAGGAAUGAAAGAAUUUCUGGUCAGAAUGGAUGAGAAAAUGACAGACAUGCAGUUUUCUCUCAAUCAGAAGGAUCAGGAAAUACAGUUCUUACGAUCAAUGUUAGGCAAAUUAGCUGAAAGGUUGGAGGCAUUAGAAAAGUCAUCAGAUAUGAAAAUCGAUUUACUGGAACAUAAUCAAAAUAAAAUAAUGACAACUAUCAUGGAUUGUCAGAGAGAUUACGCUGUUAUACAUGAUGAUUUAGCACAUCUGAACAGUAUUGUAAAUGGCCGUAAUGUUACCAUUGGAACUUAUGACCCACAACAGGUGAUCAGAUGUAGAGGUACCUUUGUAGGACAUCAGGGUCCAGUAUGGUGUCUGUGUAUGUCUGGUGAUUUGUUGUUUAGUGGGUCUUCAGAUAAAACUGUCAAGGUUUGGGAUACUGGCAAUAAUUACAAAUGUUUGAAGACUCUAGAGGCUCACACAGGAAUUGUCCUGGCAUUAUGUACAUAUGGUAACAAAUUAUUCAGUGGCUCGCAGGAUUGUAAAAUUAUAAUUUGGAAUAUUGAUACACUGGAAAAGGUUGCUGAAAUUGAAGCUCAUGAAAAUCCUGUUUGUACUCUAACUGCUGCCAAAAAUAUGAUCUUCAGUGGAUCAUUAAAAGUUAUAAAGAUAUGGGAUGUCCAUACGUUGAAGUUAAAGUGUGAAUUGACAGGUUUGAACCAUUGGGUUAGGGCACUUGUAGCCACACAGAACCACUUAUACAGUGGAUCAUACCAGACAGUCAAGAUAUGGGAUUUGGAGAAAUUAGAGUGUGUUGAUAUCCUAGAGACUUCUGGUGGCAGUGUGUAUAGUAUAGCCAUUACACCUCAUCAUAUACUGUGUGGGACAUAUGAAAAUGUUAUACAUGUAUGGGAGAUAGAUAGCAAAGAAAAUGCCAAGACAUUGAAAGGCCACAGUGGCACAGUGUAUGCCUUAGCCACAUUGCAAUCACCAACUGGUAUUAAAGUCUUCAGUGCAUCUUAUGACAGAUCUUUAAGGGUAUGGAGUAUGGAUAAUAUGAUUUGUACACAGACGCUAAUCAGACAUCAAGGAAGUGUGGCAUGCCUAGCCACAUCAAGGGGCAGGGUUUUCUCAGGAGCAGUAGACAAUACUGUCAAGGUCUGGCAGUAAAUAGAGGAAGGAGACAAUUUGAACAAAAAUAAUGACAUCCUACCGUAAAAUGAUAAUCUAAUCAAAACAUCAUUAGUCUUCACAACAAUGUUAUAUUGCCAUUAUAAACUGAGUUCUCAUAGAAUCAGCAAUUCAGAUCACAACAUUGUUAUAUUGCCACUAUAGACUGAGUUUCUCAUAGAAUCAGGAACUCAGAUCAUUUUUAGAUGUAAAUUUACAAAGAUUGUUAGUACUGUUUUGUAAAAUGUUAGUCUUGAAAUAUAUCUUUUUAUAUAAUGUUGAUAAAAAAAAAAACAGAAUUUGAAAUUAAAGUACCAAGUUUUGUUAAAUUAAGAACUUUCUACUGAGCACUGCUAAGUUUAUUUUUAAUGAAAUAGAGAGUUGUUCCUAAUUAUGCUUUACAGAUGUGAAUGACACUGCAUACAAACGUAUAGUUUAUUAUUUAAGAAACUGAUAUGAUUUUUGAAAACAAAAUAAAGGCAACAUUAGUAUAACUGCUGUUCAAUAGUCAUAAAUUGAUUUAAUAGAAAUAAAAUCUGAAGCCAAAUUUUCCACUUCUGUAACCAAAUACUUACCAAUUACAUUAAGACCAAAAAAAUAUGCAAUUUAUAAGUGAACCUAAUUUCAAAGUGCUCAUUCUUACAUCACUAUUAAUUUCCUCAAUCUUUUUAUACUUCUCAAAAGAAUUAUUACAUUAAGACAUAGCAACCUGAUAUUUCAUUGUUGGUAAAUGAGAAGUAAGCAGUAUUAAUGGCAAUAGGUUCAGCUAAUUGUUAAAAAGUUUUAAGAGCUUAUUCUAGGUUUAAAAUUCUAUACAGCAAAUCAUAAAAUUGGGACAAAAUUUACAGUUUCACAAAUUUAUUAACUUCUGUUUUUGCAAAGUUUAAUAAAAUAGAACAUACUGAUGAAUGUAAUACUCAUACUAAGAUUAUCUAUAAAGCCAGUAAUUGAUAUUUUAUUAUUGAUGAAAAUCUGAACGCAAACAGAUUCACUGUUAGGCAUCAUAUAGAAAUCUUAAACUUAAUCAUUUCUAAAGAAAACCAUUAAAGUAAGCAUAGUUUAUAUAUCCUGUACAUUUCUAAAAGCCCAUUUAACAUUAUUCUAACUUUUGUUAUAAAAUUUUUAAUCAUUUUUUAAAGAAAUUCCUUGCGCCAAAAAUGUCUUAAAUUUUUAUCAUAAUGAAAUAUUGAAUAUUUAAGCAAAAUUUAAACUGAAGAAAUAAAUAUAAAUCAUGUUUCAUCAUGGCUAGUGAAUAUAUUAUUUUCUAGAAACUGAUAUAUACAAUAGUGAUUGAAUGUUAUGUUUUUAUAUACUUUAAAUGACUAUACUUCAUGUAAAUAUGAUUGUGCUAUGCAGGCAUAGCAUGUUAUCUACCAAUAUUUUAUCUGAAUAAAACAAAAUAUUUCAUA